AUGAACAUUUGGGAAUGGAAGUUAACUGUGAUGACUACUACUGAAGAUUUAAAGAUUAUUGCUGAAUGUAUUCGUAUGGCUGAUGGUGGUUCUAAUAAUAAUUAUUAUUAUGCUAAUGUUUCAUUAAUUGAUUGGAGUGGUAAUGGUGUCAUCCAAACUGAAUUUGAUGAACUAGGUCAUGAUAUUGUUUCCGAGUGUUUACGACGUGUCAUGGACGUUGAUGAUGGGUUAAAUAAAGCAAAUAUCAUUGGAUUUCCUAUUAUGAUCAAAGCUUCAGAGGGUGGAGGAGGAAAAGGAAUUAGAAAAGUGGAAAAUCCAGAUAAUUUUAAGCAAGCAUUUGCUCAAGAGUUCCUGAGAUUGUUCGUUUCAAAGACGAUCAUUGAAGAGGCUCACGUUACGAUUAAAAAACAAGAGACAUUUGAAUUGAUGGAAAGAGUUGCUGUCAGAUUAACUAAAUUAGUUGGUUGUGUUUGUGCGGGAACCGUUGAAUAUAUUUACAGUCACGAGAAAGAUUUUUUUUAUUUUCUUGAAUUAAAUCUAAGAUUACAUGUUGAACAUCCUACGACAGAAAUGGUUUCAGGUGUUAAUUUACCUGCUCAACUACAAAUCGCUACAGAAAUUCCAUUUCAUUAA